GAUAAAAAGAUCAGUAUUCCACUUUUUUGGGAAGACUAUUCUGUGGCACGUCCCAAUUUCUAGGGUUUCCUAUGUAUGUGUAAACCCAAAAUUUCUAUUCGAUGAGAAUCAUCUAAAUCAGAACCAGCCCUAAAUCGAAAAUCGAACAGCUUGUUUAUGCGUUGCAGGUUGCUGAUUUCAUUGUGGAGUAGUCUCUACUUGAGAAUUUGGAACUUGAUGUAUUGGGAGUUAUGAAAUCAUCUUCUGUAAAUUGUGCUAGUUUUCAUAUCUCUAAUGAAUGGGCUGAAGCGAGGUUGCUUUGUUUGAGAGGGUAAGAUGCCAUCUAAUUAUUUCUCCAUCAUAAGCACCGCAUUCAAGCGGGAAAUCCCAAGGUCGAUUGCUGGGCAAAAAGGUGUGGUUCAAGACUCGGUCGGAAUUCUUAUUGAUCAUGGGAAAUUGUUGUUUGGCUGCACGAGGUCAUUCCAUUCCUCACCUUUUUCGGCAUUUAGUGAUCUUCAUGUGCUCCUACGACCUGGAGCUGUUGUCGCCGCCCAAUCAAAUUUGCAUUUAGUGAAUCGAAGAAGGAAUAUUUCAUUUGUUGGAGCACUUUCUCGCACAUUCUCUAUUCCGUCAGUUUCAGGGCCUUCGUUUCAGGUUUGUGGGUAUCACGUUGAUCGCCUGCUAUCUGAACCCAGCAACUUUCCUGCAUAUAUAGAGUCUCAGAAGACAACAAUGGCUGUUUGUGGCUCUAGGGCUGUAUUUGGGGACUGUUCCUUAAAUAAUCUAGCUUCGAAGGUUGGGAACCUAAAUGUGUCAACAACAAAUGCUUCUACUGUUUGCAGCAAUGUAAGCUUCGAGGCUUUUGACAACUGCAGAAAAGCCUGCAUGAGUUUGAGAAGUAAGGAACAGUCCAAAAAUCUAUUUUGUUGUGGAUAUUACAUAGACAAUGUUACAAGGAGGAGGGGCAACUCUACUCCAUUCUUGGGAUUUGGAAUUAAGUGCUUCCACAGCUCAUCUACUGCAAAUUCCUCUGUUGGGGCCGCCCCUGAAGUGUCCUUUGAUAACUCUGGACGUGAGGACCAACUUGCAAGUGCUGCAGUUACUUCAGAAAAGAAUGAUCUAGGAGGGAGUACACUGAAGCUAAUUUCAGGGUCAUGCUAUCUGCCUCAUCCAGACAAAGAAGAAACUGGUGGAGAGGACGCUCACUUUAUUUGUGCAGAUGAACAAGCAAUUGGUGUAGCGGACGGUGUUGGUGGUUGGGCAGAUAUGGGAAUUGAUUCAGGGCUUUUUUCAAGGGAACUCAUGUCUUAUUCAGUUGCUGCAAUUCAAGAGGAGCCUAAAGGGUCUAUUGACCCGGCCAGGGUAUUGGAGAAAGCUCACUCGAGUACUAAAGCCAAAGGUUCCUCAACUGCUUGUAUUAUAGCGCUAACAGACCAGGGUCUUCACGCCAUUAACUUAGGAGACAGUGGUUUUAUAGUGGUUAGAGAUGGAUGCACCAUAUUCCGAUCCCCUGUACAGCAACAUGAUUUCAAUUUUACAUACCAAUUGGAGAGUGGAAAUGGUGGUGAUUUGCCCAGCUCUGGUCAGGUGUUUACAAUUCCUGUUGCCCCAGGAGAUGUUGUAAUUGCUGGAACUGAUGGACUGUUUGACAAUUUGUACAACAAUGAGGUUAAUACAGUGGUGGUUCAUGCCGCCAGGACUGGAUUGGGGCCUCAGGUUACAGCUCAGAAGAUAGCAGCACUUGCCCGCCAACGAGCGCUGGACAAGAAUAGACAGACACCUUUCUCCACUGCUGCACAAGAUGCUGGGUUCCGUUAUUAUGGUGGCAAACUCGAUGACAUUACUGUUGUCGUUUCCUAUAUUACUGGCACCAGCAACGAGUUGUCUUCUCACUCAGCUUGUGAAUCUGGUUAAAGACUCUUUGCACCAGUCCCUUGUUACGAAUCAACAAUCUGGUUUCAAAUCAUUCAGGUUGAUUGGAAUGGUGAUGGAGUUGAAGCACCAUUCACCCUAUGUUUUCCACUCUAGCUAAUGACCCUGAUUUGUUAUGCGCUCUUGAACCACUACUUUGUUGUGCAUAGACUUGAAUGCUUUUCCCAGCAUUUUUGCUAGGGCUAGAGGAUAGGGUUUUGGGUACGGGGCGGAUUCUUGUUGCUAUUUGAUAUGAUAUGACUAAGUUAAAGAAACUGACUCAAAGAUAGUUCAAACCUAGUGUAGCCACGACAUAAUUUUUAGGUCUUAUUAAGUUAAUGAUCAAUGGUUCUAAUUUUAGCA